AUGGAUUUUGCCACAACGCCAUUUCAUAUUUUCAAAUCUUUAUCGUAUAAUUUCUUUCCUACCCGCCACUCUAGCAUAUUAAACCAAAAAAACUCUCCACCAAUUCAACACUCCACCACCAUCACCAAUUUAAACCAAAAUGUCACUUCUUCGCCUACUUCUAAAAAUUUAAAACAAAACGUCGCUUCUUCGUCUACUUCUAAAAAUUUAAACCAAAAUGUCGCUUCUUCAUCUAUUUCUAAAAAUUUAAACCAAAAUGUUGCUUCUUCAUCUACUUCUAAAAAUUUAAACCAAAAUCUUGCUUCUUCGUCUACUUCCAAAAAUUUAAACCAAAAUGCUACUACUUCUAAAAUUGCUUCUAAAAUUAAAUUAGUAAAAAACUUAGAGUCACCACGUAAAAGAUAUAAUAAAUUGAUCGCGUUUGGAGAUUCGUUCACAGAUACCGGUAACGUUUAUAAUUUAACGAAUAAGCAAUGGCCUUCAGAAAUAAAUUAUAAGGGCCGCUUUUGUAACGGAAAAGUAUGGGCAGAAUAUCUUGCUGAAUCUCUUAAUGUCGAAUUAGUGAAUUAUGCUUUCGGUGGUGCUACAGCAGAUAGCGGUUUUAUUCAAGGAUCCACAGGACCGAAUAAACAUAAAGUUCCCGGAAUUAAGCAGCAAAUUGAAGCAUUUAUUUCUGCUAAUACCAAGUCAAAGAAAUCGCUGAACCAUAAUCUUAAACUUGAUAAAUUACAAUCAUACUUUAAGAAAAAUGCAAAUCCUAAAAUACUAAAGAAGCUUUUGAAAAAGAAAAGUUUAAAAAAAUCAAACCAGAAUGAUUUUGGUAAAACUUUAUUUGCUGUAUGGGAUACUGGUAAUGAUUAUUACUUUACAGACAUGACUGCAAAACCGCUUCUUGUUGUUCAAUCAUUAAUCGAUGCACUCCAUCUCCUUGUAAAAUCCUUUCCUACUAUUUCAACCUUGUUAAUACCAAACCUUCCUGAUUUAUCUCGUGUUCCAUAUUUUAAAACAAUGAAUGCUGUAGAAAAAGAAAAACUUUCAAAAUUGGUUGAUUCACAUAAUAAACACUUACUCGAGCAUUUAGUAAAAUUUAGUAGAGAAACUGGUGUGAAGAUUGUUUAUUUAAAAUGUGAUAAGUUCUUUGUUGCUUUACAAACUGAUACUGGAAUGAAUAGUUUUGGAAUCACAAAUUGUGUUGAUGCUGCCUUCGAUAUCUAUGGAGCUGAUGAAAAAAAAAGUGAUGAUAUAAAACUGCCUUUAAAUGUCGAUUCUUUAGAUGUUGAUGAUAUUUUUAAUAUUGUUCUUUCUAAAUCUUCAAAUUCUGAUAUCUCUCUACAACCUGAUCACAAAGUUGAAGCCGUAUACAAUCAAUCUGACAGUCAAACUGACAAAGAUUCUUAUUUCUACUUUGAUGAUUUUCAUUAUUCAUCUAAAGUUCAUGAAUCUAUGGCAAACGUUUGUUUUGAAACUUUGGAAAAUUCAAUAUACUCGAACUCUCGUAAUAAAAGAAAUAGUUUUGCUGCAAAAAUGUUUGGAAUGGUCUUAGGAGAUUAUAUGCAAUGA